CAGCAUAACCACAGCGUCCCGACCGCCGUUGCCCGACAGCACCCUACCACCUAAUCGCAAUCCAAAAUGGCCGUCCUCGGUAAGCGAAAGGCCCGGGAGGAGCCCUCUAUUUCACAGGAAGACGCCGCCGCCAUCUUCCGGCGGCACUUUGAAGCGCAGUUCUCGCCGCUCCCGGCCAGCCAGACCAAAGCUGCCAAAGCUGCGCCCGCCGAUGGUGUCGACGAUGAAGACACUGAGGACGACGAGGAGGAAGAUGAGGAGGAAGAUGGAGACGACGACGAGUGGGGGGAUCUUUCAGGCGACGAGUCCAACGAAGAAGAAGAAGCUGCACCGAUCGAAGUCGUAGACCAUUCUGGCGCACAACCACCCAAACCAACACCCAUGUCCAAACGAGAAUACAAAGCCUUCAUGGCCUCCCGCCCACCCGACCAAACCUCCCGGCCCACCGAACAAACCAUCACCACCUCAUCAUCCUCCACUACAACCCUCCCCGAAGACGCUCCCUCCCUCCUCGCGCAGGAUCUCGAACUUCGCCGUCUCCUCGCCGAGUCCCACCUCCUCGCCCCCGCACUCGCCGGAGCCGGCACCGCCGUCGCACCCAAGGCCUUCGCAGCCGGCAAAACCCGCCAAAAGGCGACCGACCUGCGCGUCCAGGCCCUUGGCUCCAAGCUGUCCAUUCAUAAGCAGGAGAAGAUGCCCAUGAACAUGCGCAAGGGCAUCGUGGCUGCCGCUGGCGCUCGCGAGUCCAAGCGCAGGAGAGAGGCCAAGGAAAACGGUGUCAUUCUCGAGAGGGAGACUGGCAAGAAGUCGAAGAAGAGAGAUCGAGGGCGGGACUUGGGCGUUGAUCGGCCUGGCAUAGGAAGACUCAGAGGAGCUGAGUUGCGACUGAGCGACAGAGACGUGAGAGGUAUCGAAGGAGUGAGAGACACAUUUGGAAGACGAGGGAGGAGAUAGGGAAGCCUUGGUCAGCCAGGGGGCGACAGAGAGAUUGACAUUUGCGCGGCACACGGCGCAUGGAACUGUUACGGCAUAUACCAGACAGACCUUAGCAUCAGGUUCAAAUCACAUCCACGAAGUAGA